AUGUCUCAACAUCCAAAAUCAAUCCCUUCCAAAACGAUGCCUACCAUCUCUGACACAGAUUCCGCUGCUAGAACUGAUGCUAGCAACCCUAACGAGGCUCUUGAGGUAGGUCCCUUGAGAAUGCUAACCCCAGAAGGACUGAUGGUGAAGAAACCACGAACCUCACAUGCAAGAAGACCUAAAGAACUUGUCACAGGUCAGGCUCCUCAUUCUUCUACCUCCAUUCCUGAUGAGGAUACCAAUGAGGAAGAAGCUAGGAAAAUCCACACCACCAUUGCUAACUUGGUAACCAGGGUUCUAAUUGAGCCACAUGAUGUGCCAAGAAUAUCCAUUCCACCUAACACUGAUGGUCUUGCUCCCCAUCUGAAUCAAGAAGCUGAUGUCACUCACGAUGUUGAAACCUUGGAAACAACCUCUCAAAAGGACAAUGACAAGAUUCAAGCCUCUGAAAAUAAUGAUGAUCACAUGCAAAGUGAUAAAAAUGAUGCUAAUGAGGUUCAGAAGGACAAUGCUGAUGUAGUGAACCUUGAUGACUAUUCAGAUAAUGAUCUGAUAGCCACGAUUAACCCUGGCAUAGCUAAAAGGCUCAUGAGUCGAAAAGGGAAGAAGGCAGCUGUGCAGAAUACUCCUAAGAAGAAGGAUGUAACAAAGAGUACUCAGGUUGGACCUACCAAAGCUUGGAGCAAGGUAGUUCUAAAGAAGAGGAAGGCCCAAACUAGUUCUGAAUCAGACUCUGAAUCAGAUGUUGCUUGUGAUGUCACUGACAUCCAACCAAAGAAGAGACCCACAACUAGCAAACUGGAUGCUAGUGUUCCAGAUGUCCCUAUUGACAAUGUCUCCUUCCAUUAUCCAUCUAGUGUCAACAAAUGGAAAUAUGUGUAUCAAAAUAGGUUGGCUUUGGAGAGAGAGCUAGCUCAGAAUGCUUUUGAAAAUAAGGAGAUCAUGAAUCUUAUCCAUGAUGCCGGUUUAAUGAAAACAGUCACUCAAAUCUCACACUGCUAUGAGUUACUUGUCAAAGAAUUCAUAAUUAACCUAUCAGAAGAAUGUGCUGAUAGGAAAUCAAAUGAGCUUGUCAAGGUUUAUGUAAGAGGGAAAUGUGUCACUUUUUCUUCAAUAACCAUCAAUAACUAUCUAGGAAGAUCAGAUGGAGCACAACCAGAUAUAGUUGUUUCUGACAACAAAGUGUGUCAAGUGAUAACAGCCAACCAGGUAAAAAGCUGGCCAUCAAAAGGAAAGCUAGUUGCCAGGAAACUGAGUCUCAAGUUUGCUAUGUUACACAAGAUUGGUGCUGAUAAUUGGGUGCCCACAAAUCAUAAGUCAAUUGUGACAACUAUCCUUGGGAAGUUUAUCUAUGAUAUUGGAACCAAAACCAAAUUUGACUAUGGGACCUAUAUUUUUGAUCAGACCAUGAAGCAUGCUGGCAGCUAUAAUAUAAAAAGCCGCAUUGCAUUUCCAUCUCUAAUCUCAAAGAAAAUGAUUCCUGAAGCAAGAGAGAAAGCCCUUUGUCCUUCCAUCACAAGCUAUUGUUGUUAA